AAGAGUGAUGGAUGAAAUGGAAACACUUAUUUAAUGGCGGAUGGAUAUAUUGACAUGAAUAAAUAUUGUGGUAAGCUGUCACAAUUCCCACCCGAUUGUCACCAUCUCAAUCCAUGGCUGAAACAACCUCCAUCAACCCCCAAAAUGGCUUCUGCCCUCAAACCAGAACAUACCACAGUCUCCGCCCCGCCGUCCCUCUGCCUCCCCCGUCUCAGCCCCUCUCCAUCUUCCAAUACGCCCUCUCCCUCCUCCACUCCUCCUCCUCCGCCCUCUCCACCACCCCUUUCCUCAUCGAGGCCGCCACCGCCCGCCACCUCACCUACUCCGCCUUCCUCCGCCACGUGUCCUCCCUCUCCGCCUCCCUCAAACCCCUCCUCUCCCAAAACGACGUCGCCUUCAUCCUCUCCCCUCCCUCCCUCCACAUCCCCGUUCUCUACUUCUCCCUCCUCUCCCUCGGCGCCGUCGUCUCCCCUUCCAGCCCCCUCUCCUCCCCCUCCGACCUCUCCCACCAAAUCUCCCUCUCCCGCCCCGCCAUCAUCUUCGCCACCGCCGACUCCACCAACAAACUACCCCAAAUUGAUGUUCCCAUUAUCAUCCUUGACUCGCCCUUGUUCCUCUCCAUGCUCCAAUGCGAAUCAGCGUCGCAUUCGAGCUUAGUCGCGGCCGCGGUGGUGGAUCAGUCUGCUGCGGCUGCGAUCCUCUACUCCUCCGGGACCACGGGGAGGGUGAAGGGAGUCGUGCUGACUCACCGGAAUCUGAUCGCGCUGGUGGCAGGGAUGUAUCACAACAAGUUGGGUGAAGAUGAGGUGGAAAGUGCUCCUCACCCGGUGUCGAUUCUGACGGUGCCGCUGUUUCAUGUGUUUGGAUUUUUCAUGCUGAUCAGGGCGGCGGCGCUGGGGGAGAGCGUGGUGCUCAUGGAGAGAUUCGAUUUCGUCAAAAUGCUGGAAGCGGUGGAAAGGUAUAAGGUAACUUAUAUGCCGGUGACACCGCCGCUGGUGGUGGCGAUGGCCAAGUCGGAUUUGGUGGAUGGAUUUGACGUGAGCUCCCUGCAGGCUUUGGGCUGCGGAGGAGCGCCGCUCGGGAAGGAAGUUUCCGAGCGCUUUCGACAGAAAUUUCCCCACGUCGAAAUUUUACAGGGCUAUGGUUUGACAGAGAGCACAGGAGGGGCGACACGAACAAUGGGGCCGGACGAGGCGAAAAGACAUGGAUCAGCAGGACGACUAUCGGAGAACAUGGAAGCUAAGAUUGUUGAUCCUGAGACUGGAGAGGCCUUGGCUCCAACACAACGUGGAGAACUAUGGCUACGAGGACCGUCCAUUAUGAAAGGUUAUGCAGGGGAUGAUGCAGCAACAGCUGCAGCCUUAGAUUCACAAGGGUGGCUAAGGACCGGGGAUCUCUGCUACUUCGACCAAGAUGGUUUUCUUUUCAUCGUUGAUCGGCUUAAGGAAUUGAUCAAAUACAAGGCGUAUCAAGUUCCUCCUGCGGAGUUGGAACAUCUGCUUCAAUCAAUUCCUGAAAUUGCCGAUGCAGCUGUGGUGCCGUAUCCCGAUGAAGAAGCGGGUGAGAUUCCGAUGGCCUACGUGGUGAGAAAAGCGGGCAGCAAUGUGAGUGCAGCUGAAAUUAUGGAUUACAUUGGGAAGCAGGUGGCUCCUUAUAAGAAAAUACGACGUCUUGCUUUUAUAGACUCCAUCCCAAAAUCUCCGGCUGGGAAGAUUCUCCGGAGAGACCUUCAGAGACAUGCUUUAUCAAAGUUGUGAUUAUCUGCCUCUAUUUCUAGUAGGACCAUUUUCUUGAUGAUUGUCAUUUAUGGCUGCAAUUGCAUCAAAAAUAUUUUGAUCUGCUUA